CGCAUCCUCUGCUUUCACUCCUUUCGGCUCUCGGGCGACAACAUGCGGAAGCAGCUGUUUGACCUCGCCAACCUUGGGGCGUCGCUCGCUGAUCUGGCUACACUCGACUUUGUUGACGGCGGCCACCGGCUGGGCGACGAUGCGCUGCCCGAGCGACUUCAGGCGCUCUUUCCGCCGCCGUACUUUGAGUGGUGGAAUGCGCGCGAGGGCGCGGGCGGCACGGCCAUCUAUGACCACCUGGAGGCCAGCCUGGCAAAGGUGGAGCGGCACAUUGCAGAGCACGGCCCGUACGACGGCUAUCUAGGCUUCUCGCAAGGUGGAUGCGUCGCACACACGCUCAGCCUCCUCUCGAUGCGAGACCCCUCCUUCGCCUCGCGCGUCCCCGCCCCUCGCUUUGCCAUCCUCCUC